CUCCAAAAGGCCCAGAGCGAAUUGCUAACCCAAUAAUAAAGUACAUGUGUAGGAUCGGCUAAAAAAUUACAUGACAGUGACACUAUAGUUUUUGACAUUUUCAACAAAACAAACUGCAUUCCAAAGAGGUUUAUUACUGCAUUCGUCGUUUUUGGCAGAAUAUAGGAGAUAAUAUCUUUUUAAUCUGUAAUUAAAUUAACGACAACUUAACCACAGCUUGUACAUCUUAUAGAAGACCAUGGCUUCCGGUUUGGAGAAUUAUGUAAAUCAAACUGUGUCAGUGAUAACAUCGGACGGUCGGAACUUCAUCGGCACAUUGAAGGGCUUUGAUCAAACUAUUAACAUAAUUUUGGACGAAUCUCAUGAAAGGGUGUUUUCUUCGUCUGCUGGAGUGGCUCAAGUAGUACUUGGACUUCAUAUAAUUCGUGGAGAUAACAUAGCAAUCGUUGGUCAAAUAGACGAAUCUAUCGAUAGUAGAUUGGACCUCGGAAAUAUAAAAGCUGAACCUUUAGGACCAAUUGUUCAUUAAUAGUUUUUGGUAAGAUAAUGUAAUAAAUAAGGACUUAUUUUUAUUCUAGUUUGUUUUUUUUUUAAUAUAACAUAACCUCAAAUUAUUUUUCUGGGCAUCGGAGGUUGUUUAUGUACUUACGUGCAUUUUCAAGCCCUGAGAAAUCUACUGCAAAGUAUUAUGUGUCCCAUAUCAGUACUUUGCAUUUCUGUAUAACACAGCUGAACAUAUAUAGAGUAUCUCCUAAAAAUAACCAGUAAGACAUUGCUAUACAUAAAUCUAGAGUAAUUACACCACUAACCUACUCGUAGAACUGUCAACACUUUAAAAAGGUGUUUCGUUACAGAGUUAUAAUGAAUCGGUAGUGGAUACUUUGUUAAGCUAUACACUUGAAAAAUUGCUCCACUUUGAUUACUAAAUAUUACACAGUAAUAUUGAAAUCAUUUAUCCUCACUGAAAAUCUGGUUAAAAAAACUUAUUUUAAUAUUGCUAUUGCUGCAACAAUUGAUCAUUGAUACAUUAGUAUAAUAAAUGUUUAAUGGAGAUAAAAAUAAUUGUUUAUAUGUAAUUUGAAGAUGUUCAUUUCAAUUAUUACUACUACUGUACUUUGUACCUCA